GUCAAGUGCAAAAGUAAACUUUUGUUACUUUGGUACAUCCCAUUUAAUUGUGUGUUUCAUUUCAGCUGCAGAACACAGUUCGAGGAAUCCCUUCUUCGGUUUUCUUUUCCUGAUGUCACUCGGCUGCAUGAAGGGCUCCUCAAGGGUUUCUCCUACCUACAUCCUGUUGGUUUUUUUAAGCAGUAGUUGUCGUUUGUUAAAAUCCUCCGUGUGUGAAUCAUGACCAGCUCUAUUUCAUUUCGUCACCUUUCCUUAAUGAUCCGUGUGCUGAUGUUUUCUGAAAGAUUGACGAAUUGAGAAGAAAACCAGCCACUGCUCUUCUUGUACCUUCUAAUGUAGCAGGUUGCAUUUACACACAUUUUCUACCGGCUUCUUGAAUGACAAGCAAACACACAUUUCGUUUCUCAGACAAACAGGCUAACCGAGUGGCUCGUUUAAAGAGCUGAGCAGAUUUCUUCUCUUCACAACACAACUUGUCGACUGAAAGCUCUGCUGAAAGAUGGGGGACAUAUCGCUGAGGCCGUACCAGCAGGAGGUGGUCCAGGCUGCUCUGCGAGGGAAGAAUAGCAUCAUCUGGCUGCCCACAGGUGGAGGAAAGACUCGGGCUGCUGUCUACGUGGCCAAGAAGCACCUAGAGACUCACCCCAAUGCCAAAGUAGCCGUUCUCGUCAACAAGGUGCACCUGGUGGAUCAGCACUUUAAAAACGAGUUCCAGCCCCUUCUGGAUAGCUCAGUGAAGAUGGUGCCAAUCAGCGGGGACAGUAGCGAGAAGGACUUUUUCGGCUACGUGGUCAGGGAUUCGAGCCUGGUCAUCUGCACAGCUCAGAUCUUGGAGAAUGCCUUAAAAAACACAGAGGAGGGCAAGCAUGUGGAGCUCACAGACUUCACGCUGCUGAUCAUUGACGAGUGCCAUCACACUCAUAAGGAAGGGGUGUAUAAUAAAAUCAUGGCACGCUACGUGAAAAUGAAGAUUACAGGCGUGACUGGUCUGCCUCAGAUCCUGGGCCUGACAGCCUCACCGGGUACCGGAGGAGCCAGAACGCUGGAUGGUGCCAUCAAACACGUGCUGGAGAUCUGCGCAAACCUGGACUCCAUUAUCGUGUCGACUGAAUAUAAUAAGACGGAGCUUAAACACGUCGUCCCCAGACCUAUGAAGAACUAUGACAUUGUGGAUGUGCGGCAUUAUGACCCAUUUGGUGAUCAUCUGAAGAUGAUGAUGACGCUGAUUCACGAGUUCAUGUCGUUAGACAAGCAUGAGUUCACUCUGCGGCAGAUGGGCACUCAGGAGUAUGAAGCUGAUGUGGUGGAGCUGGAAAAGCUAGGUGUGCAGGAGGAGGACAGGUUGUUGACACGGUGUGCUCUCCACCUGCGAAAAUUUAACGACGCUCUGCUCAUUAACGACACUGUGCGCAUGGUGGAUGCUCUGAGGCUUCUGGAGGAGUUCUACGCCACAGAGGAGAGAAACGUGCUGGACAUCACUGAUCAGUUCCUCACAGGACUCUUUAAUGAGAACAGAGUGGAGCUGAGGCAGCUGGCGUCCAAUGAGUUAAAUGAGAAUCCCAAGCUGGAACAGCUGCAGCGCACCCUGGUGAACCAGUUCCAAGACAAGAACUCUCGUGGUAUCAUUUUCGCCAAAACCCGUGAGAUCACACGCUGCCUGUACAACUGGGUGUCUGCAAACCCAGAGCUGAAGCGUGCCAAGAUCCGCGCUGCCAAUCUGGUCGGAGCAGGAAAUGGCGCCACCCACAUGACACAGAGGGAGCAAAAAGAUACCAUUCAAACAUUUCGAGACGGCAACCUCAACCUCCUCAUCUCGACCAGCGUUGCUGAGGAAGGCCUCGACAUCCCAGAAUGCAACGUGGUGAUUCGCUACGGGCUUCUGACCAAUGAGAUCGCGCAGCAGCAGGCCAGUGGGCGGGCCAGAGCCAAGAACAGCGUCUAUUCAGUGGUGGCACAAAUAGGCGGGCGGGAGAUGCGCAGAGAGAAGACCAAUGAGUAUCUGGAACAGCUAACUGGCAGGGCGAUCGCUCAUGUACAGAGCAUGGAGCCCAGGGAGUUUCGCAGAAAGAUCAUCGAGCUGCAGCAGGAGGCAAUAGCUGUGCGCCACCUGGAGGCCGAGCAGAUGGAGAGGAGGAGGCUCCGGUAUGCCGCUGAUGAGGUUGAGUUCAACUGCCGUGGCUGCUUCAGGGCCGUCGCCCGUGGAGAUGAUAUGAGACUCGUGAACGGCACACAGCACGUCAACAUCAACCGAGAUUUUCCGAAGUUCUAUAAGGUUGGAGGGAAAGUUCAUCUUGAACGGACAUUUGAAGAUUGGGAGCCAGGUUGUACCAUUCUCUGCGCUACAUGUGGACAGAAUUGGGGAAUGGAGGUGAAGUUCAAGAACGUGGUGUUGCCGUGUCUAAAUAUAAAGAGCUUUUCGAUGAAGACUCCUCAGGGGAGCCGCACAACCAAACAGUGGAAGAAGGUCGAGUUCCUAGUGGAAGAUUUUGACUUCCUUAAGUAUGUGGAAACACAGAACCCUGACCUCGAGUCUUUAUUCGACUGAUUCCUUUUCUGAGGUGUCGCACAAAGUCCUGAACACGCUCCACACACACCCAGUUCGAUACGGACAAUCUUCAUUUGGGCCAGCAGAUGUCACUGUCGUGCAGUAUUUCAUUACAGGCUUUCCCAAACUACAUACUCCUGCACUAAAUAGGUUCAUUACGAUGGUAUCGUAGCAUGCGCUUCGAGACGCACCGAGAGUCUCCGGGGAGCGAAUAUGCUAAUGCGCUUGAAGCUCGAUUGCCUGAUUAAUUCUAAUUCAUGCUGAUAAAUGGACAUUAAAAUGCUCGACACCAUGGAAAGCUCAUGGUUCCUGACCUUGCAACUUUCACGAAGACUUGCCAUCCAGGAUGACCUUUGACCCUUGCACUUUUGAAAAAGGCUGGCAUGGACCUCUUUGUGGACUUUAUGUAGAUUUUUAAUUGUAUACUGUAUGAGUUUUUUAUUGUAAUGUGUGUAUCAGACUAAAGAUGAUUAUUGAGUGUUUCUUUA